AUGGACAUGCAAAAUGAAGAUAUUGAUAUGGAAAAAGACUUUAUCUUUGAUAAUGAUAAUGAAGACAAUGUAAAUUCUGAUCAUAAUACUAACCUUGAAUCACUUGUAAUUGAUAGCAAUGAAAUUGAAAAAGAAACUAUAAGUUUUGAUUUUGAACAAGACAAGACUUUGGAUGUUGACACUGAGAGUUCUAGAACUUCUAGAGUUUGUGAGUUUUCAUUUCAACCUUUUGAUGACCAAACCCACUCGAGCGGUGCGAUUUACUUGUCUAUUAACAAUCUCCUGCAAAGUAAAAAUCUCAAACCAGAAAACAUCAUUCUUGUUGGCAUGAUGCUAGGACCAAAAGAAGCAGGCACAGAUAGAAUAAGCUACUACUUAGAGCCCUUUAUUACCAAAUUGAUAGACUUGUAUUCUGAUGUAUCAAUGACAGACUAUAGAAAUACCCAGCUAACUGUUCGUGCUGCCUUGAUGUGUGUUGCUUGCGAUAUUCCUGCUGCCAGAAAAACGUCUGGAUUUACUGGUUAUAUGAUUUGGUGUACUAUUAUUGAUCCAAUGCACAAUCUCUAUCUUGAAACUGCAAAGCAGACGAUCAACAUUUGGCGUGAUUCCAAGCUGAUCAAUGACAAGGAUUUUUUGAUCAUGCAAGAACUUGUCAAUGGAGUUGUUAUACCUUCUGGGUAUGCUCGUAUUACAAAGAAAAUUGGUGAUGCGUUCUCAUUUAUGAAGGCUGACAAGUUGAAGUUGUGA